AUGUCUAACUCUAAACUCGAACUAUUAUCAAAUGAGCUAUUGAUGAUCGUAUUUGAAUGCAUUGAAAUUGGCCAAGUAUUUUAUGGUUUUUACAAUUUAAAUCAAAGACUGAAUUCACUUCUGUUCGAUCAUCGCCCUCGUUUUCAUUGUGAAAUUGAUGGUAGUAGUAAAAAUUUAUCACGCCUUUUGCUAUACAAACAUCAAAUUAUACCAUCAAAUUUACUGAGCCAAAUUCAAACAUUAGUUUUAGUUCGAUGUAAUCUGAAAGAAUACGGUGUAUUUCAUCAAAAUUAUCAAACUUUUACCGCUUUAGAAUCGUUAACUCUAAAUGAAUUAAGUUCAAGAGAUAUUGAACAUGUUCUUAGACAAUUUCAAUUGAAACAACAAGAAGAAUAUAUUCCAAAUUUGAAACGUUUGAUUAUAUUAAACCCACGUAAGAAAGUUCUACUGCCCACAGAAUUGUGA